AUGAGCAAGUCGUUUCCCAUCCUGAAGCUCCCACGUCUUGCUCUAGACGAAAUUCUUUUAACGAUGAGGCCCUUCGAAUUAUUUCAAUUCUCGAUGACUUCCUCAAAGUCGAAAAUUAUUCUGAAAUAUCUGCUCAGAACGAGAGUAAACUUGAAGUAUAAAUUAGAAGUGAGCACAGACAACGAACCGAAAAUCACAAUGAUAGGACCGGAUUACACGUUUUUCGAUUGUAGAUUCACUUCCGAUAAGUUGAGAAGUGAGAAAACAGAAUAUCUCGAAAAUAUUGGUGGAAAAUCCGACAGGAUUUGGAUGUAUUCUGAGAAUGUGAUAAUGGACUGGGUGAGACUGUUCCAGAUAGUCAUGGAACUGUUCAAUUUUGAACGACAUGCCGUUAUUCUUUGCCUGGACACAUUCUCUGAUCAAAAUAAAUCAAUUAUUGAUUUCAUUGGAUCUCAACUGACAUCAGUGAAUGCCUGUCAUUUUUAUGGAAAAAUCGUAGCUGAUCAAGAUGUGGAAUACGUUUUGAAGAAUAUCAAAGUCCCUAAGUAUUUAAAAUUUCAAUGCAAACUCAGUGAUCAAUUCCAACUGAAAUUACCGAAUAAUAAUAUAGUAAGGAUUAGUGUUUCCGAUGGGAAUUGGUUGAAUUACAGUCAAUUAAUUCAAUUAAAAGCUUAUGAAUUGGAGAUAAAAGGAUCUAAAAUCACGAAUGUGGAAUUGAAUGCGUUUCUGAUUAGCUGGAUGCAAUCGGAAUGUCACCAAGACCUUGUGCAUAUCGGAAUUUCGGUCAAUGACCCAGAAACACUUGAUGCAAUUUUUGAUCUGCCCCAUGAAAGAAUAGAUAACGAUGUGAACCGACAGGGCAGAACUAUUAGAAAUGAAAUUAUCCGGAUGCGAGGUGGAUUUGAUAUCAAGAGAAAUGAUGGAGCAACUGGAACAAUUUAUUUCAGAAUGGACAGUGACCAAAUGAUGUUAAAAAUGAUUGUUUUUGAGUGUAUCGUUUGA